CUGAACUCAUCUGCAGAUGAACAGAGAAGAGAGAUGGCUAAGCUUCAUCGAUUCGGCCCUUCGCAGCAAAUGUCGGUUUCAAGAAGAAAGCCGGUCGACCGCGCGACACAUGAAUUGCCCACUUUGAGGCGACUUCGGGGCGAAAGUGGGCGGACUGAUUGCUUUUGGGGCCAGAAAUACCAGGACCGCAGCGUCAUCGCCGCGGCCAAUCAUGAUGAUGCCUGUGAUAACUACACUUCGAUAAGGACCUCGCAGCAGCCAUGAGCAUUCAAAAACCCACGCCUCCCGGCUCUGAGUCAGCUCGAUUUCUGUCUUGCGAUGCCAGCUCGAAAGGACGCCGUGCCAGGUCCUGAGUACCCCCAGCAGCCUGCGCCAUCGCCGUCGCGUAUCGCGCGCCGGCGCAUGCUCUUGCUCUUCGGUGUUGUCUCCGCGGGCGCCGCACUCUAUCUUCUCGGGCCCAACUCUGUGCGGACAUCGGUGAACGGCGCGAUCAGCGGACAUGCGCGCCAUUUCGACAAGGUCCCUGGGCUUUGCGCGGACACCGCGCCGAUUCCGAUAACCGCCCCGCGGGAGAACGUGUGGGCGAACUUCGGCCGGGAGGAGGCUGCUGCGCUACGGGAGUGGGUCUCAACGAAGACGGAGAUCGAUGGGCAGCUGGUGAAGUUCACGGGGGUCAUGGCUGCAGCCGACUUUGAUAACGCGAUUCAAGUCAUCGAGAACUUUCCUCCUCCGAAGGACGCUACGCUCGCGUACUUGGACGGUGCUGGUCCCGAACCUGAGCGGUUUGCCAAGGUAAUCCUGAACCUUGGAGGUCUGUCGCCACCCAGAAUUGGCAGAUACUUGCUCGGACCUCUGCCGAAGACUAUUUCGUCGCUCUCAUUGUCCUCUCCUUCUGUCAAGCUUACUGAGCUGACCCACAUCUACAACAACCGGCCGGAUGUUCCUUACACGGCUCGUUUGUACACUCUCAACGGGACCUACACACAGACGUUCAUCCACAAGAUCCUCGGACCCAUGGAACAUGCUCUCAUCGACCUCCUCGGCAGCUCGCUUUCUGACUCUGAGGUCGGGAAUGCGCCUCCUCCUCCCGCUGGCGACGGCCGACUUGUUUUUGGUGCGAGCACACCGUUCUCUUACGACGGCUCUUUCCGUCGCAUGUGGCUGCAGCUCAAGAAGAACGUCCCCGGCUCCUACCUGUUCGCCCUCGACAUGUUUCUAUAUGUCGAUACGACGUCUACAAACCCCGACGAGUGGUAUCUUGUGCACCUAGUAUACAACAGCCAGAUGUUCAAGACUGUCAGCAGCUUUCUGGAAGCAUACGAUAACGGGACACUCAAGCGCUCACCGGCGCCCGAAGUUGCCAAGCCUGGUGAGGAGGGCUGGGCCGCCCGCGCUAGAAAGGGAGACAAGCGAGACCUAGACGAGAGAGCGGGGCCCCGCCAGGUGUCGUUCAAUGGACCUCGAUACCGGGUCGAUGAGAAGAACCAGUUCGUGUCGUGGAUGAGCUGGUCGUUCUACCUCAGUUUUGCGCGCGACAUGGGGAUGAGUCUCUGGAACAUCAACUUCCGCGGCGAGCGUAUCAUCUACGAGAUCGCGCCCCAGGAAGCGCUUGCGGUGUACUCCGGGAGCGAUCCGCAUCAGGCCAGCACUGUGUUCCUGGACGGUGGAUUCGGGAUGGGGACGGCGACUCGGGCUUUGUUCAAGGGUUACGACUGCCCCUAUGACGCGCUAUACCUCCCAGCCAUCACCCACGCCGAGUCCGGCACGGUUAUCCGGCAAGACGCAAUCUGCGUCUUCGAGCGCGACUCGAACAAGCCGAUCAGCCGACACACGGGCUAUCUGAAAGACGAGAUGGGCGCCACCAAGGGCUACGAGCUCGUCGUGCGCACCAUCAGCACUGUUGGGAACUACGACUAUCUCUUCGACUACACGUUCCAGCUCGACGGUUCCAUCGAGCUCCGUGUUUCUGCUUCCGGCUAUCUACAGGGAGCGUGGUGGGCCGAAUCUGAGCACGACUACGGGACCCGCAUUAGGGACACUUACAUGGGAUCUCUGCACGAUCAUGUCAUCAACUACAAAGUCGACUUCGAUAUCGCCGGCACGGCGAACUCGUUCAUGGCCAUCUCUCUCGAGAACGAGGUCACUUCCUUUCCCUGGUUCGAGGAAGACUGGGGCGCGGUCAACCAGCAGAAGAUCGUCCGCAAGUACGUCGCAAACGAGAGCGAUGCGCUGCUCGACUACCCGCAUAAUCUGGAGGGCGCUUUCCUCAUCGUCAAUAAGGAGGCUCACAACCGCUGGGGCAACCCUCGCGGCUACGUCGUUCACCCCGGUGUCUCUGCCAUCCACAUGACGAACCUCGACAACAAGCGCACGGAACAUAAUGUCAACUUUGCCAAGCAGCAGUUUGCUGUGUCGGUCCGGAAGGAGACGGAGCCCAGCGCGUCGUCGCUCUGGAACAUCAACCUUCCCGGAAAGCCUCCGGUCGACUUUUUCAAGUUCUUCGAUGGCGAGUCCCUCGACCAGAAGGAUCUGACGACCUGGAUCAACUUGGGCAUGCACCACAUCCCCAGAGCAGAAGAUUCCCCGAUGACGCUUACGAACCUGGCAACCUCGUCCGUGCUGCUGUCGCCCUUCAACUUCAACGACUGGGAGGUCUCGAUCGAGAGCAUGAACGCGAUCGUGUACAACGUCCCCGAGCCGGGGCAGCAGUGGUCGGCCGACGAGUACGGCGUCGAGAUCGAGUACUGCUUGCCGCCUCCUGUCGCACAGAACUCCUACCCGGGCUUGCAUCUCUUCGAAGAGGACGGCUCGCCUGCGAAACCGGAACGCGUCCAUGCUAUGCGCCAGCGAGCGGAGAGCUAUCACGCGAUUUUCGCGUCGGGCGACUUGUAGAUGGAGAGGAGUUGAGUGUGAUCGUUUCUUGGGAAGGGAUGGUGGGACCGCAACGCAAGGCCCCCGGAUGUUCUAUCUAGAGGAUACUCCAGAGCAUUACAGGCACAAAUGAGGCGUUGGGGACCGGCCUGUAGUACAAUCUGUAGUGGUGAAAGCGUUAAGAUAAGAUAUAGUCACGUGGAAAUCAUCCGUUAUGCACGUGCAAACUCUCUGCUUAGCACCAUUCAGUCCACUCUGCGCAAAGAUAUGGGUUGCUCUAAUUGCCACAUCUGUCAUCCCCCGCGAUGAAAGACAGUCAUGAAUAGGAGACCAUAGUCCCGAGGAGCAUCCUGUAACUCGCGCCUAUCAUGCAUUCUUUCGGACACAUCCUCAGUCUACUCCAGCUAUGCACACUUAUCCUCGCCAACCCAGUCUCCCCUCUCCGCUGCUCGUCCAGCAACGACCACCUCGACCCCGCGUCGAAGAAAUUCAUGUCGGACUGCAGCGACACGACCUUCUGCUCCGGCACGAAUAUAUCCACGUCCACGUGCAUCCCGCGCCAAUGCCGCCGCGAUGAGUUUCCGUUCGGCUUCCCCGCCGAAGCGGCUCUCCCGCCCAUGUGCCCGCGCGGGUCGUUCUGUCCCGACGAGGGCAGUGGAUGCCGGCCGCUGGUCAGUGUGGGUGGAGCGUGCCAGCUGAAUCGGGACGAGCAGUGCGCGCCGUCUCCGCCGCCGCCUCCCUCGGUGGGGCAGCAAAACUCGCUCUGCCUAGCGUCGAUCUGCACGUACGCCAAUGCGACCCUCGGCGAACGCUGUACCUCCGACGACACGGUCUACACCGACAUCGCGCCUGAUGGGCAGCCGGUCUCCACGACAGUUACACGCGACAACUGCCUUUCCCCGACGCUCUACUGCGAGAGCGGGGCGUGUAAGCCGACGCUGGCCCUCGGUGCGUCCUGUGUCAAUGACCGUCAAUGCACCUUGAUGAACUGUGUCUCUGGGGCAUGCGCGAGUGCACCAGAGACCCCGCUGCGCAUCGCGCCGUGGCAGAGCGCCCUCACCGCAUCGGCCAUCGUCGCAGCCGUGAUCGCGAUCUGCAUGUCCCUCACCAUGAUCCACAAACGCCACGCUCUGGACCAGUCGAGGGCAUUACACGAUUAUCUGUAUCAGCAAGCGAGGUUUCGCCAUUCUAUUGCGGCGUUGCGUGCCGAAGAAAAAGCGUAUGUGGCAUGCGGCGA